AUGGUGGAGCGUGGGCAGCGCCUCCAGCCCACGACUCUGGCUCCGAGACUGCCGAGGGAGCGCCGCCGGAACUGCGGGUGGUACCUCGAGAACCUGCCUUCCAAGCGUUUCACAAAGCCUAACAGGCUGACAUUCCCGGGUUUCUUGAACAGCCAACACUGGGUGUUUGUGAAAGAGGGGCUGGAUGACUUCAGGAAAGACUGUCCCCCUCACCAGGGCCCAAAGGAUGCCUUUCUACCUCUUACUCAUCAUGGAGCUCCCAAUAUUACCCCCAAGAAGAGGCAAAGCAGACCCCAGAAGGCUGAGAAGGCAUUCCUGGAGGAUGUGAAAGCUAACGUGACCCCACACCCCCUGGCUCUCUACCCACAACUUAAAGAAGCUCUGCCUGCUGAGCUCUUAUUGCAGGUGCUGGAGAUACUUGACCCUGAGAGGAAGCUGGAGGACUUGUGGGCUUACUGCCUGGGUACCAGGAAAUUAAUGAAGGAACCCACAAAGCUUAUAGAAAAACACUCUUCCAAAGUAUGCCUGACCAAGAAGAUGCUGACGUCACGAUCAGGCCAGUGGCUUUGUGAAGAAAAGGCAAGCAAAGUGGAUUCAAUCUAUAAAGACAGUUUCUUCCAUGAUGACUUACGCAGAGGAGUCAGCGACUUCUGCCGCUGGGCCACCGAUCUAGGAAGUUCCACCAUUGACGAAGAGGUAGUUCUGCAGCAGUUUGACCUUGACUAUCAGACCAGACGCAGCUGUGAUGAGCUUCACAGGCUGAGGCUAAACCAGGACAAACUCUGCAUCAACGAUCCACCUCUGCAAGAACACCAUGGGCGCUGGAGCGAGCCUCCGUCCUCCAGAAGAGCAAAUCCCCAGAAGCCAAAGCGGGCGAAGACGAGCUACGGAGCCUGGUAUCUGAACACCAAUUUGUGGAAGAGGCAAAGAGCAGAUGAACCUUUGGUUGACCCCAAGGUCUCACACAAAGCUCAAGACUGGAAUUUUAAAAAGCAGCUUGAGGAGCAGGAGCAGCUGCUUGUAGACCUGCGUGGGACAGCAGCCUCUAAAGACUUCAUUCUAAGCAGGGGCUACAGGAUGCCCAGGUUCCUUGAGAAGAUGUAUGCGGAGGAGAAAAAUAAAUCUGAAAAUAUUAAGACUCCUAAAAACCUCACACAAACAGAGAGGAAUCCUGGGAGAAGAUGAGUCAGCUUUUAUUGACAGCGUACCUGGAUACUGCUCCAUUGUUUUAAUUAUUAAGUAGAAUAAUUAUUAAGCAAGUGCCCUCUGUGGAAAUUUCAACCUGGCAGCAUCCAUGAAUAUAAAACCCAACACAAAUGUCUUUCUAAACAGCUUUCUAAAUGCUUUAGUUGAUCAUUUUUGUAUUAUUUUUACAUAUGUAUACUGUGUAUGUCUGCAUGUGGGUAUGUGCACAUAAGUUUGGAAGCCUUCAGGAGCCAGAAGUAUUGAAUGCUCUGGAGCUAGAGUUACAGGGAGUUGUGAGCUACCAUGUGGGUGCUGGGAAUUGAACCUUGGUCCUCUAGAACAGUGAGCUCUCUCAAUGACUGGUUCAUCUCUCCAGCCUCCACUGACAAAUGGUUUGUUUGCUCAUUUGUUUGGCUUGGGUGUUUGGUCUUCUUCGGGGAGAGUCUUGCUAUAUAGGCCAGGCUAACCUCUGAUUAGUCUUCCCCCUGUGUUAGCCUCUCAGGGGCUAGAGUUGCAGUUCUGUACCAACAUGUCUGAUGCACAAAACACACAUUUUGUAUAUUUACUGACUGUGGGAUCAACAUUCAUGUGCACUCUUCUCACACUUUCAUGUUAUGAAAAUUACAUAAGUGUAUUAAUUUUUUUGUAAAAAGAAAAUCAUAUAUAAAGUCACAAUUACUUUAUUGUUACUACUCUGAGUGAGAACCUGACACAGAAUGAGUGCCUCUUUUCUUUCUUUCGAGUAUUAUUUUCUUUCAUCAAGUUAAAGUAACUGAGGUGUUUUUCUUCCCAGUCUUGCUAAGAAAUGUGUACUUGCUGUGGAAGGUCAUAGGUCAAAAGCUUAAAGGAAAACCAAGCUAACAUGUUUCAUUGCUUUUUAAAGAUUAAAAUUGUGUGUGUGUGUG